AUAAUAAUAAUAAUAAUAAUAAUUAUAUUAAUAAUAGUAAUAAUAAUAAUAUAGUUUGAAAACUACGAAGAAAUACUAGGUAGAACUUAACGGUAAAUUUAAGGGACAAGAGUAAUUUUUAAAAAGUAAAACUAUUUUCUGCAAUUACGUAUAAUAGAGAUGAAAUACAAAAGAGAGAGAAAGAAAGAAAGAAAGAAAGAAAGAAAGAAAGAAGGAAGAAAAUAAAAGGAUGAGAGAGAAAGUAGAAAGUCACUGUCAAAAUACAGAUGCUCUGACGUCCAUGCUACCUAAGAUAAAAAAAAAUAAAAAACGGAAAAGAACAAAAAAAAUAAGAAAUAAAUAAUAAAGAGAAUACGAAGCGCGAGAUCGCAAUUUAUUUAUUUAAAAGUUUGAAAUAACGCGGAGAUAAGAGAACUCUAAUUAACCAAAAAAUAAAAAAGAAAUAAUAAGAGUAAAAAUAAAAAUAAAAAUAAAAAAAAAAAUAAAAAAAAAAAAUACAACAAUAGCCACGAGAUGCCUUCGAUACAGCAAGAAUUUUUUCGGUGCCCUGGAGUAGUUUCAAUACACGCCAAUAAAAAGGACUUGAAAUAUAGAAACAGGAAAAUGGCGAAGAAGAAAAAAAUCAAUAAAAAAGGGAAGACUUUCAAUUUGGACAAUUUAAUAGGACAAAAGAAGGAAAAAGGAAGGAGAGCUCUAAUCCAAAGCAACUAACAGGAGAGAAUCGUUUGAAAAUAAAAAGGAAGGAAACGUCGUACGAUAUGUGUUCUUGUUGUUGUUGUGUUGUGUUGUGUUGUGUUGUGUAUGCAUGAGUUUUAACGUGUGUGCGAGAAUUAAUUGUGCAUACUUAUAUACACUAUGUAAAACGUGUAUUUCGAUGGAGAAAAAAAAAAAAAAAGAGGAAAGCAAGCAACACAAAAAGAGAAAACAAAGGCAAAAAAAGCAGAGAAGAAUUAAUAUAGGUUUUAGAAAAAACCUAAGUCGAUGGUCAAUCAUAAGAUAUUAUUUCGUCGGUGUAAUGUGCGCGCAUGUAUGGUGAUGUUAUUAUUCUAUUCAUGAACUGUAAAUAACGAGACGAUGUUUUAAACGCGUGUUAAAUAAUUAUUAUUUUAUAUUAGUAAGUUCAUUUAUUCUUACACGAUUAUUAGAUUUACACAAAUUCAAUUUGUUAUAUUUUUACAUCUUUAAUUUCGUAUAGAAAAAUAAUGUCUAUUGAUAGUAACGUGUAUUCGUGUAUGUAUGUACAUGCGUAUGUAUAUUAGAUUUCUCUUUUCCUUUUUGUUGCUUCGUUACUAAUAAUUACGUCUCGUCCUCUUUUUUCUCUUUUUUGCUUCUAUAUCUCCUAGCAAUUCUUAAAUAUCACUUUAAUUUUAGCGAAAUGAAAAAUAUUGCUUUUCAAAUGUUACAAUUCGGAGCACACACGACAUGUAAAUCUCUCUCUCUCUCUCUCUCUCUCUCUCUCUCUCUCUCUCUCUAUCUAUCUAUCUAUCUAUCUAUCUAUCUAUCUAUCUAUCUAUCUGUCUUUCUCUAUCCCUCUAUUAUUUUGGAUUAAAUGUUGAAAAGAAAGAAAGAAACUCUGCGUAAAUAAAAAGGCAAGGCAGUCGUCUUUCGUCGAACCGUUUUGUCGUCCCUUUCCUGAGACGUGUUCAAAACUCUUUUCGCUUUUUUUUUUUCAUUAAUGCACACGAUCGAAAAUAUAUCAUUAAAAAUCAUUGAAAUGUACAUUAAUUGAGAGUUUAAUUUGAAAUGAAUUUAAAAUUCAAAUAGUAAAUUAUAAUGAAAUAUAAAUGUAUAAUCGUCACGAGAGGUUUGGAAAUGUUUUGGUUUUUAUUGUAAGAAAUAAGAAAAGAAAGGGCACUUAAUUAGAGAUGAUAAAAUACGUCCGAAGAAAGAAUCUUGAUUGCGAGAUUGAAAAUUUGACAAAACAAAUGGUCCAGGCGUAUUUUUUCGUUGCGAACUCUUGGCUUACCGUGCUUAGAGCCGAUAUAUAUAUAUAUAUAUAUAUAUAAAUAAAUAAAUAAAUAAAUGAAUAAAUAUAAAAAUGAGAAUAAAUAAAUACAUAAAUAAAAUAUUAUUUAAAUCGAUUUACACGAUUAAAGUAGUCAGUCACAGCUGCCGGAGGGAGGGGUGGAUUAGAAGAAAGGUCGGUGGGCGGAGGGGGAGGGGGAAAGAAAAGGAGUAAAAAGGGAGUAAAAAGAUAAAUUAAAGAUAAAUUAAAGAUAAAUUCGUGUCAAGUAUGCGAGUGCGGAUAUUUUAUGGUAGGCUUGUGAUGAUUAAAUAAAAGAAAUAUUGCCGAAAUGAUAUAUCCAAGUGAUGGGAGAUCGUAGGAAAGAAAGGAUGUAUAAAGAAAAGAUAUAUUGCUUACCACAUGCAGAAUAUACUAUUGUAAUUAUGUCGUUAAUAAAUUGUUUUUUAUUUUAAUUUCCGCGUUUUUAUUUAAACGCAGGUUGUUUAAUGCCGAUUACGUGAUAAUAAGACUUGGUUCGAUUAAUAUAAUCCAUUAAAUCCUCUAUUUAGUCAUUUGCUAGAAGUAUAAAGAGGAGCCUGCCUACCACGCGACUAGUUUGCUGUUUAUCAAACGAUUUAGAAAAUAAAUGCUAGUUUUUGCGAGAUCAAUCCUAAUGAUCUAUUUUAUUUUUAUUAUUAACAUAAGUGCAAUGAAUUUAUUUUAACAGAGCAUUAUAAACAAUUUCAUAACGCACUGCAUUUCAUAAGACAGUUAAAUUUAGCGCCAUUUUUUCUAGCUCCUUCGGUGGCGCCAUCUGCCGUUAAAUAAACCACUGCAUAUAAUGCACUAGUAGUAUACUAGUAGCAACGAAAUACAAAAAUAAGGUUAUGUUAGAAAGUUGUUAUUUUUGUACACAGUGCUAUUGUAGGUGUAACGAGGAUUUAAAAAUUCUUAAUUAAAUUAUUGAAUAUAUAACAAAUAUGACAGCGAGAUAUGCUAAUUUAUGUUCAAGUAUUGCAUUAGAACAUUUUGGACCUAUUGUACAGAGUGUAGUAGAUGAACUUUUUACACGUGGACCUAGAACGUUAAAACUACUUCAUCAGAGUAUUCGUAUUCCUCUUGUUAAGUUGAAGGAAUCUUUAUGCUCGCUUAUCAAACAUGGAUUAGUAAGUUAUCAUCGAGAUGAAGGAUCUAUGAUAUACAGUUUACAGCAAGAUAAAUUUAUUUUAAUACUUCGAUAUCCAAGGUACAUGUUUUUUGUUAAAAAUGUAUGUGGAGAUGAAUCUGAGAGAAUGCUGGAGGAAGUGCUGAAACAUGGAUAUUUAACUGCGUCGCAGAUUAUAAUAAACACGUACAAAAAGAUUCAACAAUCUUCUGGCGGUAAUGUACAGCCAUCUUUAUCAUCUUUGAAAAAUAAUUUUGAUUUAGUAUUAAAAAAUCAAUUCCUUAUACGCGAUUUGUGUACAAAUCUACAAAGUGAUUGCGAAGAGAAGCCUGCCUUUAUUUUACCGAAACUUAAUUUAAGUGCAGUUGAAAAUAUCAUUAAAGGAGUGAAAGAUGAUCCGGAAGAUAGUAAAAUAUAUUUCAAAGUUAAUUUUGAUAGACUUACCCAGGAUUUUAGAGAUCAAGUUAUCGUAUCAGCCAUACGUACAAAAUUCGAUGACAAUGCUGCAGAGUUAAUGAGACAGUUACUUUUCCUUAUGUACCUGAGGACAGCGUCUUGGGCAGAUACGUCUAAUCCUAUUCCGUAUACGGAGAUAAAAGAUGCAGUCAGAAAAUUAGAAUAUCCAAGACUUUUACAAUAUCUGGAUCAAUAUUUAACUCUUUUAGCCGAAGAUAAGUGUCAAUUUAUAAAACGCGUAGGAGAUUCAGGUGGCGGACAAUACAGUAUAAAUAUGAAGCAGGCUUUUAAUCAACUGGCGUGGUCAACGUUAGAAAACGUUGUGCUGGAACGUUUUGGAUCUGACGCAGUCAGGAUAUUUCGGUUAAUACCUACUAAAAAAUAUAUUGAACAAGCACAGAUUUUACAAUUAGCUAUGAUGUCUGAGAAAAAGGCCAAAUGUUUGAUGUUUCUGUUGGUGUCAAAUAAUUUUAUACAAUUACAAGAAUUAAAAAAGACUGCUAGUUCCGCUGCGUUAGCUAAAGUAUUUUUAUUAUAUCACGUGGAUUUAGAUCGAAUUAGCCGACAAGUAAUUCGAGAUUGUCAUCACGCCUUGUAUAACGUCAGACAAAGGAGAGAACACGAAAUGAUCGUUAAUAAGCGAUUGAUAGAGAAAAAAUUACGUAUGCAAACGUUUAUUAGUAAUAUGAAAGAACACGGAGCAACCGAAGAACAAUUGGCAGAGAUCGAAGAGCUGAUGACGCCCUCGGAAAAGCAGCAGUUGGAACAAGUGCAAAAUGUGAUUAAAAAAUUAAGUGCUACGGAGUUGCAUAUAGACGAAACUUUAUUUGUCCUAACAAUGUAUAAACGUUAUCACGAAAAUCCUCCUAAAAAACUUGUAGAUAAAUCUCGCGAUUAGCGACUAUCCUAUUAAACUAUAUUAUUCUAUAUGAACUUCAUUUAAUAUAAUAUAGAAACAAAUGCGCGCGCACACACACACACACACAUUUGAUGAUAAUUAAUUACGUAUGAUGCGUAUGUAUAUCGUAUCGAUAUAUUGAUAUAUGAUUAAUCGAUCCAUUAAUCGCGUAAUAAAUCGCGUAUACAUGAAAUUCGUUUGUUGUUGAACCGUUGUGUGAGUCAAAAUGACGACACAGGACUACCUCGCGGCGUCGGGUUAAUACAUGGGUGUACCUAAUGUUAGUUUUACUUGGAGGUCGAUUAAAGUUCUUCGAGCUAUCGUAUCCACGAUGAGCGCGAUCGGUUUGAUUGUGAUCUUUGCUGGC